AUGAAUUGUGGUACUACCACAACUUCUCCGACACUUCCGACACCUCCAACUCCAACUCCAACAACGGAAGAUCCUACUAGUGUUCCUACUCCUCCAACGGCUACGACAGGGUCUACAACAUUCACUAGUAUUCCAUUUCCUACUACAGAAGACGGUACUACAACAACGGAUACAAGUACCAGUGUUUCUACUUCUCCAACGACGGAUGAUCCCACCAGUAUUUCUACUCCUCCAACGGCAUCGACAAGCACUAGUAUUCCAUUCCCUACUACAGAAGAGGACACUACAACAACGGAGGUACCUACUAGUGUUUCUACUCCUCCGACUCCAACGACGGAAUUGCCUACCAGUAUUUCUACUCCUCCAACACCUACGACAGAAUCUACACCAAGUACUAGUAUUACGUUUCCUACAACUGAAUCAACAACAGUAUCCACUACAACAGUUAGAGCCACUCCUCCCACUGCUCCCACAACUAGUACAGUACCACCAACGUCAACGAGGCCUACACCUCCAACAGCGGCAACGUCAACCUAUUCUUCUUUAAUACCUACAUCAAGUCCUUUUUCACUAUCUACGAUAGUUCCUUACAAUUCUUUACCCGCAUCUACGGUUCUUGAUUUUCAUAGUCCAAUAGAUCAGCGAGAAACAACAAAAUCGCCAAGUCAGUCUUACUCGCUUUGGAAACACAAAGGCAAGUACAGUAUUCGUUUACUUUGA